AUGCCUUGCUUGUAUCUUUGCUUUUGGCGUUGUUUCAAAAACAGAUCAGCAGUGAAGAAUGCUAAAAUUCUUAAGAAAAUUCUGAAUUAUAUCAGCAACGCAGAUGAUCUAGCUAAUGAACAGAUCAACUAUAUAAUUCAGGAAAUAUAUAUGGCAAUAUCGAAUGAAUAUACAGAGAGUACUGUUUUUCUGGAAAAAUUGAAAAGCACCAUAAUAAAGAGCAAACAAAUGCAUAAAUUCAGUCAUGAUACUAAAACCAGUGAAAAGAAUGAUAACUUUUCUCAGUCCCAACUUCAGCUAGUUUUGAGAAUGGAAGGUAUUCGUGAUUGGUUCCAUUUAAUUGCUUCAUGCGGUUUACUAAAUGAACUUGACCCGCCACUCCCUCUUAUUUCUUCAUUAGAAAGGCACAUACGGAUCGGAUCUUGGAAUCUUAACCGCUUCGAUUUAAGUAAAGCUAAGCAUCCAGGAUUCAUGGAAGUUGUUUGCCUUACUAUCUUACGAAUGAACUUCUCACUAAUACUACUUCAAGAAGUCUCAGACCCUUUAGUUGCUGAAUAUCUAUGCAAUGAGCUAAAUUGUCCAUCUCUUCCUCACAUAAAACGAUGGGUUGAAGAAUAUCCUCUGUCUACUCCCCCGUGCUGGAAAGCAUCAUGUUCUGUCCAACCAACUGGUUCCAUGUUUCGUGCAAAAGAGUAUGCCGUAUUUCUAUACAAUUCGCAAUGUGGUAUUCGGAUUUCUCGGACAAGUUUGUUGGAAAAGUCUCCGAACUCAUUAUCUGUUCCAAGAAAGUCGUUUACACGAAGUCCAUGUGGAGCUUCUUGUCAUAUCCAACAUAUCAACUUAGUUCUUAUUUCAGUACAUUUGAAAGCAAGUGGACUAAGAAAUAGUCAAAUUGGUAGGACUAUCUCGGAAAUUGAAUCUCUUGGCUCCCUUGUUCGAGCUUUUUACGAAACUCAGCCUAGUGGAAUACAUCUCAUUAUAGCUGGUGAUUUCAACCUCUUUCCAACACAUGAUGUUUAUCGCGUGUUGCGUGAACAUGGUUUAUGGCCAGUACUCAAAGGUGAACAGCAAACUACAAAUCAUUCCAAAUGUAGAUCGAGUUAUUUGAGAGCAUAUGACAAUGCAUGGCUUUCUGCUAACCUGUCUUUGAAUUCUAAAUCCACUCUUCGUUGGACUGGUGAUUCUGGCGUCGUUUUACAAGGACUCAGACAUCCUUUAAUUCCUGAAGAAACGGGAAGUGGUGCAAAUGGCUUUGUUAGUGAUCAUGCUCCCAUAUGGUUUGAUAUUCACCUAACAUAA